AUGGACUUCAAUGCUCAAGCGUAUGAUGAAUUGAGUAAAAUGCAAUUUAAUGCCGGAUGUCAAUUUGUCAACAGAAUAGGCAUAUCCCUAGGAGACAAAGUGCUCGACAUUGGUUGUGGUACUGGGAAAGUCACAAAAUAUAUCGCUGAUAUUGUGGGCCCCGAUGGUUCAGUUACAGGCAUCGAUCCGGAUGCCUCGAGAAUCCAAAUCGCUGCAGAAAACUUCAGAGACGUCCGUAACCUCCAGUUCCAUGUUGGGAGCGCAGCCACAGGAUUUCCGCACGAAAGUGAAGCGUUUUACGAUGUUCAUAUGGGCACGAAUUCAUUUCACUGGGUUUCCGAUGACGAGAAGAAAGUUUACUUAGAAAAAGCACAUCGCUCUCUAAAACCGGGGCGAAAGCUUGCCAUAUUGUGUGGAGAGAAACCUGUGGGUGUUGAAAAGAGUAUUUUCGGGCCUCAUAUGUUAACGUAUGACGGAUAUCUGAAGUUAUUUCAAGAUAGUGGGCUCUUCACCGAUGUCGUGAUCAAGAAGGAUUUGCACGUAAAACGGUUUGAAACGUUAGAAGAAUUUAAACCAUGGUACGAAGCUUCAAGAGGUCAUAGUUUUGAAAUCUUGAAUAAAAAAGAGGUGCAAGAUUAUGUUAUCACAGAAGAUGAUGGCAGUGUCACUUGUAAAGUACCGAGUCUUUACAUCACAGCCAGUAAAAAAUGA